CGCUAACUCAUUGGUGAAUAGUGACGAAAUUCAUGUGUGAGGUGUUUUUUGUUUUGGUGCAAAUUUUGCUGUUUUUUGCGGAAAUUCUCAACCAAAAAAUGCUGGACAAGGUGAAACACAUAAUUCUGGUACUAUCCGGAAAAGGAGGUGUUGGAAAAUCCACUGUCAGCACACAAUUGGCCCUGGCUCUUAAAGAAUCCGGAUUUAAGGUGGGCCUCUUGGACAUUGAUCUCUGUGGCCCCAGUGUCCCCUACAUUUUGGGCCUGGAGGGACAGGAUGUCCACCAGUGCGAUGAGGGUUGGGUGCCCGUUUAUGUGGACAGUGAGAAAAGCCUUGCAGUAAUGUCAAUUGGUUUCCUGCUAAAAAAUCGUGACGAUCCGGUAGUUUGGCGAGGCCCCAAGAAGACAGCAAUGAUCAGGCAGUUUCUCACUGAUGUCCACUGGGAUGAGCUAGACUUUCUGGUGAUUGACACUCCUCCAGGCACGUCAGAUGAGCAUAUAACUGUAAUGGAGUGCAUGAAGGAAGUGAAAUGCGAUGGAGCUGUGCUGGUGACGACUCCACAAGAAGUGGCAGUUGAUGAUGUCAGGAAAGAAGUGACAUUCUGCCGAAAGACCGGAAUUAAAAUCUUGGGAAUUGUAGAGAAUAUGAGUGGUUUUGUCUGUCCACAUUGCUCAGACUGCACGAAUAUUUUCUCAACGGGAGGUGGAUCAGCCCUUGCAGAAAUGGCCAAAGUACCCUUCCUGGGAACCCUUCCAAUUGAUCCCAGAGUGGGAGACUUGGCCGGAACAGGGAAAUCUUGCCUCAAGGAACUCCCAGACAGCCCUACAUCAACAACUUUCAGAGAAAUAGUCUCAAUUUUGAGCAAAUGAUCUCUUUAAUCCAGAAAACAAUAACAAAAUUGUAUUUUUUUUGUACAGAAUUAUACCACAAUAAAUUUAUAAAAAUUUCAAGGGGA